GACCAAUGAAACAGGAGAGCAGAGGAAAACGAUUACAUUUGGUGUCGCUGUCACCGAUCGCAAAUACUUCAGAAAGCUUUAAUCUGUCGCAACAUCGGAAAUGCAUUGUAUUUGAUUUAAAACCAACAUAUAUCGACUUGGACUCUAGCAUGGACUAAUUUGCAGUCAUGGUCGUCAAUUCUGUUCACUGGUUCCGGAAAGGACUGCGUCUUCACGAUAAUCCAGCUUUACAGGAAGCCCUAAAUGGCGCGGAUACUGUACGCUGUGUUUAUAUUCUGGAUCCGUGGUUUGCAGGUUCGGCAAACGUAGGGAUAAACCGAUGGAGGUUUUUACUGGAAUCUCUCGAAGACCUGGACAGCAGUCUCAGGAAACUGAAUUCAAGGCUGUUUGUGGUGCGAGGCCAACCAACAGAUGUGUUCCCCCGCCUCUUCAAGGAGUGGAACAUCACUCGGCUGACGUUCGAGUAUGACUCAGAGCCAUACGGGAAGGAGAGGGACGGGGCCAUCAUGAAGAUGGCUCAGGAGUUUGGUGUGGAGACUGUGGUGCGGAACUCACACACGCUCUACAACCUCGACAAGAUCAUCGAGAUGAACAACAACCGGCCGCCACUGACGUUCAAGCGUUUCCAGGCCAUCGUGAGCCGGCUGGAGCUGCCCAGGAAGCCGCUGGCCACAGUCACGCCGGAGCAGAUGGACAGCUGCCGCAUACGCAUCGCCGACAAUCACGACGAACACUACAGCGUGCCCUCGCUCCAGGAGCUCGGCUUCAGGAAUGUAAGCCAGGCUGAUCAAGUCUGGAAAGGUGGUGAGACGGAGGCCUUGGAGCGUCUUAACAAGCAUUUAGACCGAAAGGCAUGGGUGGCCAACUUUGAGCGGCCGCGAAUAAACAUGUUGUCGCUGUUGGCCAGCCCUACGGGGUUAAGUCCGUACCUGCGCUUUGGAUGCCUCUCCUGUCGAGUCUUCUACUACAACCUGCGAGACCUCUACAUGAAGCUGCGUAAGCGCUGCAGCCCGCCCCUCUCGCUGUUCGGCCAGCUGCUGUGGCGGGAGUUCUUCUACACGGCGGCCACCACCAACCCGUCCUUCGACCGCAUGGAGGGCAACCCGGUGUGCGUCCAGAUCCCCUGGGACCACAACCCUGAGGCGCUGGCCAAGUGGGCCGAGGGACGCACCGGCUACCCGUGGAUCGACGCCAUCAUGACCCAGCUGCGGCAGGAGGGCUGGAUCCACCACCUGGCGCGCCACGCCGUGGCCUGCUUCCUCACCCGCGGAGACCUCUGGAUCAGCUGGGAGAGCGGCAUGAAGGUGUUUGAGGAGUUGCUGCUGGAUGCUGACUGGAGUGUGAAUGCGGGCAGCUGGAUGUGGCUCUCCUGCAGUGCCUUCUUCCAGCAGUUCUUCCACUGCUACUGCCCCGUGGGCUUCGGCAAGAGGACCGACCCCAGCGGAGACUACAUCAGACGCUACAUCCCAAAGCUGAAGGACUACCCCAACCGCUACAUCUACGAGCCUUGGAACGCGCCGGAGUCGGUGCAGAAGGCGGCCAACUGCGUAGUGGGCGUGGACUACCCCAAGCCCAUGAUCAACCAUGCCGAGAGCAGCCGCCUCAACAUCGAGCGCAUGAAGCAGGUGUACCAGCAGCUCUCCCACUACAGAGGACUCAGUCUGUUGGCCUCCGUUCCCACCAUCCAGGAAGAGGUGGAGCCGUCCUUAUCGGAUGACUCCCAGGCCAGUGGCAGCAGUACCACUGGUGACCAGACAACACCACAGACCACCACCACCACAACAACAACAAACGGUACCACUAAAAUAAGCAAGAUCACGCCAGAUGCUGAAAUGACAAAACCACCACUACUACCACCACCAGCAGUUUCCACAUCGACAGCAGCCACUGCCAAAGUCAGUGCAGUGCCCCUGCUGGCCUCCUCCACACCACCAGGAGGCAUGAGUUCAGUCCAGGCCCAGAGGAAGAGGAGCUGGCCCACAGAGCUGCCCACGGCCCGCCGGUACUCACAGUCCAAGCUCCAGCACACCAACACGCCCUCCACCACCAGCAGCAAGGAAUAGACCCUGAAUGUCCUGAUGUCUCGAAAAGAAGACGGUCAUCGUGGCGAUGAUUGGUUGUGUGCAGCGAUGGAGGGUCCCGAUUCAUAGUCGCACCCGCACGUAUCCCGGUCAACUGGAGGAGGAGGAGGAGAUGCACCUUAUUUGGUGACUGCACUGCACAAAAACCCUCUCGAUGACCCAUAAGGAGAUGGACUCAAGCAUGCAGCUCUACACGCCUUGCGUUACAUUGCAGAAAAAGCAGCCACAUCAUCAUAAACCCGCUCCAAAAGAGUGAACGCAUACAUGGACUCCGUUGCAAAUGUUACUUAAACUGUAUGAUAACAGCCAGGGUGUAAUUGCUAGUGCCUCAUUGGCUUUUCUUCUAAGCACCUGUUGUUGUCCGGUAGGCUGUGCCAGUUUGGGUACACAUCAAGGAUCCUAAAUCAUUACACAGGUACAUUACUCUAGAAUUCUUGGUACUAUAUACACACAUUACCACAGUACCAAUUUGUGGAACACUUCAGACUUACUAGUUUUCUUUCUGCGUUCUGUCCUUCUCGAAUGUAAUAUGUUCCAAUACAGAGAAUGAGCUGAAAUGGUGAAAAGUUCAAAGCCAACAGCCAAAGCGCACAAGGAAAUCUAGAGCAGCAAAAACUGAAAACGGAAAAAAAGUUAGGUCUCCUUUGUCGAAAAGCUAGUCGCUGAUUACUUACAAGGACGACUAUGCACAGCAAUAUGUGAAUUUGUACAAAAGAGUGACUUUCAACAUGGCAGUUUUGCCAUACUUAAAUCUUACAGAUUGCUCGUUUUUAUUGUUUCUUAUUUCUUUUACUUUUUUAACUGAAAUGAAUCAUCACAUCACAUUAAAUCUCAUCACAUCCAUUUCCAUUAAACCUAAAAAAAAUAAAAUGUGGUGUUCCGAGAUCUCUGGCAGGUUGGCGUUUGUACCAUACUCACUGUUUCAGAUCAUUUGCUCCGUGUUGAUGAAAUGCAAAGACCUGGAGUGCGUUUCUCGACAACAUCGUCGCUAACCAAGUUAGCAACUUACUUGGUUGCAAUGCAAUUUCCCAUUGGAAACCUAGUUAGUUGCUAAUUGGUUAGCAAAGGCGCUUUCGAGAAACGUGGUCCUGAAGUCCCCUGGAACCUCCUUUUGACCAGUAGGGUACUGUAUUUUGAUGUGCAAAACUUAGAACUUGUUUGGGGAAAACUAUUCUCACUCUGCGAGAACGCUCUUGUAGUUAUUUGCCUUCUUGCCACUGAAGAGGGGAGUGAUGACUGUUCAAUCAUGUCCUGAGGGGAAACUAAAAAGCAUUGUAACACAUUAGCGAGAGUUUUGCAAUAAUCAAAGAUACUUAAGUUAUGGAUGACCAAAACACAGUGGAAUGAAUCGUAAUUGUAUCUUUGUUUUCUUUUCAGUGUGCCCAUUGCACUUUAAAGUGAAAAGCCAAAGUGGCAAGUUGCCAUGGAGAUAUGAUUUACAGAGGUGAUGGGGGUUAGUGAAGGUUGACCGCAAGGUUGCUUAGCAUACAGCUCUUCUAAACCUGGUUUUUAAAAGUAGUUCUAGUCCUUUGUUCUCAGGUCAUAACAUAAUGAAGUCAUUAUUGUGCAAUUAAUGUGACCUGUAUGUGACUCGUAAAGUACAGUUCUGAGGUGUUUUGAUCAUAUAGGUCUAACGUUAAGCCAAGGGCUACAUGCCUCGAAAUAUAUUGUGUAAAAAGUCAGUCAAUGUACGUAAGAAAAUUGUGGGCAGAGCUGUGGCAUGCAAAAGUAACAGUGGCUUGCAACAAUUUGUAAGACACACAGUCAUUGAAGAUACAUAUCAUAUCAUACAGUACAGGCGAUCAUCAAAACAUGUCCCAUACAUUUGUAUUCAAUACUGAAUUUCCAUACCUUGGCCCAGACUUGCAAGAACAACAUUUUAAUAAUCCCAGCAUAUGAUGCAGCAGCCACUCCCUCUCUGAAAUGCCCAGCAGAUUGGUUAUCGGUCCAACAGCUCAUAUUAAAUUGGACAUGGAAACAAAAGACAAAGAGCAUAGCUACAAAUGAGCAUGUAACGUUUAGCUGCCCAAAGUUUACCAAACAUUAAAAAACUAACUCAACAACACUUUCCAGGUUUCUCUUAUGUCGUUUCUUUGGUCUAGUCUAGUCUGUGUGCCUGUUAGGAUUCUCAUUCACCCAGGCCGUGGUACUCAUAAGAGCUAUGUUGUAGGCAACUGGACGUUUUUUUGGACCUUGAAGAUGUUAUACCCUUGGUCUCCAAACAAAGGUCCACAGGCCAAAUCCGGCCUGGGCAUGGCAAACAUUUGGCCCGCCAUGAGCUCCGAACAAAUGAAAACAUAAAUGUGUGUGAUUUUCGAUCACUAAAACUUCAGUGGGUCAUAUCUCUCCAAAGCUUUCACAGAGAGUUUGAUCUUAUGCUAACAGUCUCAUAACAGACAUUGACAAGAAGGGGAAAUGGGAAAAGCGAAAAUCUGUUCUCUGUCCAGACAUCUAACUUGUUUCUCAGUGGUUGGGGCGUUGGUUUGGUCCACAUCCUCACUUGCUCUACACAAUUUGGCCCUUGGAGAAAAAUAAUUGGAGACCACUGCGUUACACCCUUCAUUCAAAGGGUUCCAGCUGUGGCCUAAUGAUUGGGAUUCUAGAUUUUGGCCCUCCAUAACAAGAACAGUAUAGUUGCCUACAGCACAACUUUGAUCUUUAGAUUUGCCAGGGUCUCCUUCUGAGGUGCAUGUCAAAGCCCCACCAUUGAAUGUCACUGCAAAAUUAAGGGUAGUGAGGUGAACAACGAAGGUGGUUGAGUCAUGUCAAAACUGGUUGAUUGAACCCAGAGAUUAAAACCGGUAAAAAGUGGAGCAUAUGUGUUGGUACUUAGGCAUUUUAUUUGAAACGGGUUUUCCCCAAGUUGGCUAAACCAAGUGUUGGACUUAACCACCUCUUAGUCCUGCAGCAACACACCUGGGCAUGUCUCUCUUUAGUUGACUUGGUGUUUACUGUAUUCUGUAGGACCACCCCACUCACCGCUUCAAUUCACCUCAAACUCUUGUCUUCCCUUAACUGCACUGCACAGAAUAUUGAGAUGAUGAAUAGUCUAGGCAGAAUACAUAGGUUCUAAAUUUUUGUUUACUCCAGGCUGCGUGACAAUAGCUGCGUACACAAUCUCUGAUUGUUGGAAAUCGCUGUCGGUCAAAAAAAUAGCUCACGUGGUUGGCUGCCACUGUCUUGCCCCUCCUCACAACAUCUUGUUUAUAAACACGGUGAACCCAUGUUUGGGCCAGAGCCAUUUAACACUCAUCAUCGACAUGUGCACAUACACUACAUGGUCCAAUCACAUGACUUCCCCCCUGUGCUCCACCCAAUACAAUCUAUAGCAUUUGCCCUCCAACAUCAGUUCCCUUUGUAAUUGUCUCCAAAUCAUUUUACAUUCCACACAGAUGUGUUCAUUCAACAACUUACUUUGUUUUACUUUUAAAGGCUUUGUGGAAUAGUUUUAUUUUAUUUAUUUUUUGUAUUGUACAAAAGAGUUUAUUUUCUUUAAAAGAGCUGAUGGGAGUGUGAUCCACUUUUUGUCUGUUGGCAGUAACUUAUGAAAGGUUUUGCACGGCAUGCUUUAAUAUCAACAUCUGAGACCAUCUCUGUUGAUAUAUUGCAUCCAGUCAUGUUUUUUUUCUGUAGGAUACAAUAUAUCAAAUAAAUUUAUGAAAUUAUUUGUAAA